UGUCUCAUUUUAGAAGUAGACCAGAAAGUGAAAAGGCUCAGAGAGCAGUGUCAUAGUUUGACACCGUCGUCAUCGUAUCAUCUCCGCCAUCUUCUCCGCCAUCCACCGCCGUUUGUCUCCGCCAUUCACCGUUGACAUAGGCAUCCAGCAAUUAUGAAGCGGAAGAGGCAAUCUAAAAUAACAGAUUUGAACUUCGAUGUGUUAAAGCACGUUAUGUAUCAUGUUGCUGUGUCACCUGAUGGAGCUGGAAAUCUUGCCCGAACUUUAUCAGUGUAAGUAUCGUUUCCGAUAUCUCUUUCUUGUUUAUGUUUCUUAAUUCUAGAUAACUUUUGACCUUAUUUACCGUGACUUCUAUGUCCUUUCCUAUUCUUUUGAUGUGAUUAACUACUCUUUCUGUUAUUAACUUUGAAAUUGAGUUCCUGUCAAAGCUGACGUAUCAUCUAUGUGUAUCAACUUCUGCCUUGUAUAUGACCCAACAUAUGUCCUAUGGCUGUCUACAAUUUCGUGUUUUACAACAUCAAAAGGGGUCCAGUAAAAGACUGUUCAAGGAACUUGCUGAUGAUUCUGACAUCUUAAAAGCCGCGGCGUUUGAUCAAGUUAACCUUUCUGGUAUUCAUGAAUCAUUCUGGCGACCUGCUGGGAUGUUAUGUAGGUGCUUACCAACAGGAAAUCCAACUGCUUUCAACACAAUAAGAAAGAAUGCAGAGAUAUUGAAUGUUUCUUAUGAGAUUCUCAAGAGGGACAUGUUCCGUGGAAAAAUGAUUCUUUUGGUAAGAAGCACAGCUCUUGAAAUUGCAAAUACCAGGGCAAGGAAGAAGGCUUUUGCAGCUGCCAUAGAUGACUGCUCAAGUACUUGUGAUGCCGUUGAUGCUCAAAUCGAAACUAUUGAGCAGUUUUUAGAAAUGUUGAAGGCUGUAUUGAAAGUAAUGAGAAGUCAGAUUGCUCAAUGAGGUUGAGCUGAUGCCUAGCUUUUUGAUGCCGCAUGAGCGUUUUGUGUUAAAACAUCUUCAAAGACGAGGACUCAGACAAAAUUGAAGUUCAGCAUUUGGGGCUUUAAAUAUGGGUUACUAAGCUUGCUGAGUGGUUAAAAUCCUCUUGUCGUUAUUGUCAGUGAGAUGGUGGCAGUUAUAUCAAACAUAAGUGUCACUUGUAACUUGCCAAUUUUUGUGCGCUCUGUGUAUCUUUGUUUCUACCGUUUUUCUUUUAACAUAUUAUGGUGUCAGACUGAAAUAUCUCAGUUCAGAGUGUAUGUAAAUCUAUUUGCAAACACUUCCAUCUUUGCGUAGAUGUGAUCGAUGGAUGAUAAAGCCUUAUAAUGUGGAAUUGGCCUAUAGAAAACGGACAUCCGUCUCCUUCUUUUGGUC